GUCUUAGAUACAGACUUUCGACAUUAUUUUGGGGAUGCCUUGGCUUGCACGUGCGGAUCACACGGUUAACUUCCAUCAGCAGACACUUACCGUUCGUGACGCCUUCGGCGUCGAGGUGUCGUGUACCAUUCCUCUUCCGCACUCCUCGAUCCGGUGCCAAGUUGUAACGGCCAAGUCUUUUCGGGCCACUUGCGCUUACGAGCGGACCUACGAGAUAGGCCUAUGCUUUCUACGAGCCGCCACGACGACCGAAUCUUCACCUACGGACUUGUCUUCGGACCCCCAAGUGGUGCGGCUGCCUGACGAGUUCACCGACAUCUUCGAGUCUCCUAUCGGUGUGGUGCCGGAUCGGCCGAUCUCCCACGAGAUCAUGCUUGAGGCCGGUGCCGUGCCGCCAAAAGGAUGCAUCUAUUGCAUGAGCGAGGAAGAGCUCGAGGUUCUCCGCGCUCAACUCGACGAUCUUUUGGACAAGGGCUGGAUCCGCCCUAGCAGCGCACCAUAUGGUGCGCCAGUUCUCUUCGUACAGAAGAAGAACAAGGAUCUUCGCUUGUGCAUCGACUACCGCAAGCUCAACGCACAAACCGUCAAGAAUGCGGGACCUCUUCCACGGAUUGACGACCUUCUCGAGCGUUUGGGCAGCGCAAAAUUCUUCUCAAAGUUGGACUUGAAGUCGGGCUGCCAUCAAAUCUCGAUACGCCCGCAAGAUUGCUACAAAUCCGCGUUCAAAACGCGGUACGGGCAUUUUGAGUGGAUCGUUAUGCCGUUUGGCCUCACCAAUGCCCCGGAGACCUUUCAAGCGCCAAUGACCAACGAGGUUCGUGCGAUGCUGGACCCGUUCGUACUAGUCUACUUAGACGACAUCCUCGUCUAUAGCCGGACAUUGGAGGAUCAUCUUGAGCACCUUCGACGAGUGUUGGAGACGCUCCGCCGUGCCAAGUACAAAGCCAACCGCGACAAGUGCGAAUUUGUCCGGCAAGAGCUGGAAUACUUGGGCCAUUUUGUCACACCGGAGGGCAUCAGUCCGCUAUCGGACAAGAUUCAAGCCAUCCAAGAGUGGCCGGAGCCUUGGAACGUCACGGAUGUUCAUUCUUUCCUUGGCCUCGCCGGCUACUAUCAACGUUUCAUCAAAGGCUACUCGAAGAUCGAAGCCCACUUGACCAAGCUUCAAUGCGAGGAUCGGCCGUUUGACUUUGGAGAGAAGGCGCGGGAAUCAUUUUUGGCUCUCAAAGCCGCAUUGCUAUCCGCGGAGGUGUUGCGCAUCUACGAUCCGCUUUUGCCGACAUGUGUCACUACCGAUGCGUCUGGCUAUGGCAUUGGUGCCGUCCUCGAGCAACAUGACGGUGUGGACUAGCACCCGAUCGAGUACUUUAGCAAGAAAGUGCCCGUCGUGCACUCGAUUGACGACGCACGGAAGAAGGAAUUAUUGCCCUUCGUA